UUUGGUUGAUUUUUCUUUCACACAGAUGAAGAAUUAUACAAUGGUGACUGAGUUUAUUCUCUUGGGAAUCCCUCAUACUGAGGGAAUGGAGAUUCAACUUUUUAUUGUGUUUUUAUCUUUCUAUUUCUGCACCCUGCUGGGGAACCUGAUGAUUUUAUUGGCCAUUAUCUCUUCAUCUCGCCUUCAUACACCCAUGUAUUUCUUUCUGUAUAAGCUAUCUAUUUUGGACAUUUUUUUCCCUUCAGUGAGUUCACCUAAAAUGUUGUCCUAUCUGUCUGGAAAAAGUCAUGCAAUCUCAUAUGCGGGUUGUAUAUAUCAACUCUUUUUCUAUCAUUUUGUUGGCUGCACUGAGUGUUUUCUCUGUACUGUGAUAGCCUAUGAUCGCUUUGUUGCCAUCUGUUUCCCUCUGUGGUACACAGUCAUCAUGAGCCCUAAGGUGUGUGUCAUAUUAGCCCUCGGGUCUUCAUUUUUGGGCUGUAUUCAGGCCACUUUCCUCACUGCCCUUACCUUCCAAUUGCCCUACUGUGGACCCAAUAAGGUGGACUAUUACUUCUGUGAUAUCCCAGUGAUGCUGAAAUUAGCUUGUGCAGAUACCUCAGCCCUGGAGUUGGUGGGUUUUAUCAGUGUGGGACUUAUAUCACUUAGCUGCUUCCUCCUCAUUCUUACUUCAUAUAGCUGCAUUCUUUAUUCCAUCUUGAAGAUCCGCACAACAGAGGGACAGUAUAGAGCCUUCUCCACUUGCAGUGCUCACCUUACAGCCAUUCUUCUUUUGUACAUACCUGUGGUCCUCAUUUACUUACAACCUACCCCCAAUCCUUGGCUGAAUGCCACUGUUCAGAUCCUGAAUAAUCUGGUCACUCCUAUGCUGAACCCCUUGAUCUUCAGCCUGAGGAACAAGGAAGUAAAAGCAUCCCUAAAGAAGUUGCUGCAGCAGUUUGGAUUUCUUUCUGAGAAGUGAGAGACAGAGAAACAUAGAGAUGGUGUGUUUGCAUAUUUUACUCAACAGAUUUUCCUAAAUCUUUUAUUUCUCCUCUUUAAUUUUUUCCAAUCCUUUUGAUCCCCUUUCUUUACAAUAUUGUUAUCACUAUUUAUAUUGUUCUCCUGGUUCUGCUUAUUUCACUUUUUGUCAGUUUUUAUAAGUCUUCUCAGGUUCUCUGAAAUUAUCUCCUUCAUCUUUUCUUACACCACAAGAGUAUUCCAUCAUAAUUUUUUCAGCCAUUCCCCAAUUGAUGGGCAUUCCAUCAGAUUCUACAUCUUUGACACCAUAAAAAAGAGAUGCUAUAAAUAUAUUUGUAUAUAUAGUCCUUACCCAUUUUCUCUGAUCUCCUUGGGCUAUAAUGUUAGCUGCAGUAUUACAGGUCAAAGAGUAUGUGAGGUUUUAUAAGCCCUAAGGGUAAUUUCAGAUUGUUCACUCAAAUAGUUGGGUGACAGUCCACCACCAGUGCUUUAGUGAACCUAUAUUCUCACCACAUCCCCUCUAGCUUUGUCAUUUUCCAUUUUUAUUAUCUUAGUCAUUCUGAGAGAUGUCAGGUAGUACCCUCUGAGUUGUUUUAAUUUUCAUUUCUCCAAUCAAUAGUGAGCAUUUUGAAAUGAUGAUAACUUUGAUUUUUUUUCUCUAAAAACUUCCCAUUCAUAUCAUUUGACCAUUUAUCAAUUGGAAAUUGGCUCUUAAUAUUUAUAAAUUUGGUCUAGUUCUUCCUCUAUUUGAGAAAUGAGACCUAUAUCAGAGAAAUUUGCUGUCAAUUUUUCUUUCCUCUGUUUCUUCCUGUUUUCUUCUAAGUUUGACUACAUUGGUUUUAUUUGUGAAAAAUCUUUUAAUUUUAUGUAAUUAAAGUUACCUAUUUUACCUCCUCUGGACUUUUCCAUCUUUUAUUUGGACAUAAACUCUGUGGGAUGUUGGUUUAUGCCUAAUUUAUCCCACACUUUCCAGUUUUCCCAACAGUUUUUUUGUGAAAUAGAGUACUUGUUCCAAUAACUGGGACUUGGGGGUUUAUCAAACAUGUUAUUGUGCUUAUUUGUUUCUCUAUAUUUUGUACCAAAUUGUUUUAAUUAUCAUCACUUUGUAACAUAGUUUGAGAUGUUGCUACU